GCAGAUGACCAGGUGGGCGAGGGCCGUCCCGCAGGGAGAAGACCAGGUGGGCGGAGGGCCGCCCCGCAUGCAGAUGACCAGGUGGGCGAGGGCCGUCCCGCACGGAGAAGACCAGGUGGGAGGAGGGCCGUCCCGCACGGAGAAGACCAGGUGGGCGGAGGACCGUCCCGCACGGAGAAGACCAGGAGGGCGGAGGACCGCACGGAAUGCAGAUGACCAGGUGGGAGGAGGGCCGUUCCGCACGGAGAAGGCCAGGUGGGCGGAGGGCCGUCCCGCACGGAGAUGACCAGGUGGGAGGAGGGCCGUCCCGCACGGAGAAGACCAGGUGGGAGGAGGGCCGUCCCGCACGGAGAAGACCAGGAGGGCGGAGGACCGCACGGAAUGCAGAUGACCAGGUGGGAGGAGGGCCGUUCCGCACGGAGAAGGCCAGGUGGGCGGAGGGCCGUCCCGCACGGAGAUGACCAGGUGGGAGGAGGGCCGUCCCGCACGGAGAAGACCAGGUGGGCGGAGGGCCGUCCCGCACGGAGAAGACCAGGUGGGCGGAGGGCCGUCCCGCACGGAAUGACCAGGAGGGCGGAGGACCGCACGGAAUGCAGAUGACCAGGUGGGCGGAGGGCCGUCCCGCACGGAGAUGACCAGGAGGGCGGAGGACCGCACGGAAUGCAGAUGACCAGGUGGGCGGAGGGCCGUCCCGCAGGGAGAAGACCAGGUGGGCGGAGGGCCGCCCCCCCGCACGGAGAUGACCAGGUGGGCGGAGGGCCGCACGGAAUGCAGAUGACCAGGUGGGCGGAGGGCCGCACACGGAUGGCCGCGCACCUCUGCGCCUCCCCGCCCCCAGCCCCGGCCGGCGGCCCGAUUUCUCCGCGAGGGCGGUCCUGGGACGUCCCCCGAGUGCUGGGCGGGCGGCGCGCCUCUAGUCCCGCUUGUUUGGAGCCGAACUGUAGUGAGCAGCUUCACGUCGCCAGGUGUAGUGAAAUGUUCAAACUCCAUCUCUCUCUCUCAUACAAAGUCCAGGAGAGAAUGAAUAAAAGGCAUCCCCUGGGAAAAUAUGUCUAAUAAUGCUUUCUGUAACCAGAAGAAAAAGGAAAUCACCUUGUGUUAUGUCUUUGAAAUAAGAAUAAGUCAGUAUUUUCUACAACUUUACAUUGUUUAUCUAUGUGGAAGAAGACAUAGAAGAGAUUGGGAGAUAAAUGGGCCCCGUAUAAAGGAGGAAUGAGCUGCAUGGAACAAUAAUUGUUUCAUUUCCUUAACAGAUGAGGUGGUUUAUUCCAGUGGUUCCCAUAUUUGAAACAGGUUGACAGCCAUUAACCUAGGUUGCAGCUACAGGUGGCGCUGGAAGCAGACUGGUUCCCGGACAUGCCCGGUGGAAGGAGGGGCCCUAGUCGGCAGCAGCUAAGCCGUUCAGCUUUACCUUCUUUACAGACUUUGGUUGGUGGGGGCUGCGGCAAUGGAACAGGCCUGAGAAACAGAAAUGGUAGUGCUAUUGGCCUUCCGGUCCCACCUAUCACAGCCUUAAUCACCCCAGGUCCUGUUCGUCAUUGCCAAAUUCCUGAUUUGCCUGUAGAUGGAAGCCUGCUCUUUGAAUUUCUCUUUUUCAUCUACCUGCUGGUUGCUCUCUUUAUUCAAUACAUCAAUAUCUAUAAAACAGUGUGGUGGUAUCCUUAUAAUCAUCCUGCGUCUUGUACUUCACUGAAUUUUCAUCUCAUUGAUUACCACCUGGCAGCAUUCAUCACAGUGAUGCUUGCAAGGAGGCUGGUAUGGGCCCUCAUCUCAGAGGCCACUAAGGCGGGUGCAGCAUCUAUGAUUCACUACAUGGUUCUGAUAUCAGCUCGCUUGGUGCUACUCACUUUAUGUGGAUGGGUACUUUGUUGGACCCUCGUCAAUCUCUUCCGAAGCCAUUCAGUCCUCAAUCUACUUUUCCUUGGCUACCCAGACACACAGAGAGAGAGGCAGAGACACAGGCAGAGGGAGAAGCAGGCACCAUGCAGAGAGCCUGACGUGGGACUUGAUCCAGGGUCUCCAGGAUCACACCCUAGGCUGCAGGCGGCGCUAAACCGCUGCGCCACCGGGGCUGCCUGUAUUUGCUAUUUUUCAUACCUGAAUUUAUGCCUGCAAAAUGACCGUUUUAUUUACAAUAUGUUUGGCGUUUAUGUUCCUCUCUGCUGUUUUCACCAAGAUAGUAGAGCUCAUCUUCUUCUCACAGACUAUAACUAUAUGGUUCAGCAGCAGGCUGUAGAAGAAAGUGCCUCAACUGUGGGUGGCUUGGCCAAAUCCAAAGACUUUCUCUCCCUAUUGCUGGAGUCUCUAAAAGAACAGUUUAAUAAUGCCACGCCCAUCCCCACCCACAGCUGCCCCCUAUCUCCAGACCUUAUUCGCAAUGAAGUUGAAUGUCUGAAAGCAGAUUUCAACCACAGAAUCAAGGAAGUUCUCUUCAACUCCCUCUUCAGUGCCUACUAUGUUGCAUUUCUCCCCCUGUGUUUUGUGAAGAGUACCCAGUACUAUGACAUGCGCUGGUCAUGUGAGCACCUCAUUAUGGUGUGGAUCAAUGCUUUUGUCAUGCUCACCACACAACUGCUGCCGUCCAAGUACUGUGAUUUGCUACAUAAAUCAGCUGCUCACCUGGGCAAGUGGCAGAAGCUCGAACAUGGGUCCUACAGCAAUGCUCCACAGCACAUUUGGUCAGAAAAUACAAUAUGGCCUCAAGGGGUGCUGGUGCGACACAGCAGAUGCUUAUAUAGAGCCAUGGGGCCUUACAACGUGGCAGUGCCUUCAGACGUAUCCCAUGCCCGCUUUUAUUUCCUAUUUCAUCGCCCGUUAAGGCUGUUAAAUCUGCUUAUCCUUAUUGAAGGCAGCGUCGUCUUCUACCAGCUUUAUUCCUUGCUGCGGUCGGAGAAGUGGAACCACACGCUUUCCAUGGCUCUCAUCCUCUUCUGCAACUACUAUGUUUUAUUUAAACUUCUUCGGGACAGAAUAGUAUUAGGCAGGGCAUACUCCUACCCACUCAACAGUUACGAACUCAAGGCAAACUAAGCUGCCUCUCAACAAUGAGGGAGAACUCAGAUAAAAAUAUUUUCAUACGUUCUAUUUUUUUCUUGCGAUUUUUAUAAAUAUUUAAGAUAUUUUAUAUUUUGUAUACUAUUAUGUUUUGAAAGGUGGGAAGGGUAAGGGAUAUUAAAUGUAUCCACAAACAAGGUGAUGUGAUCUUUCAUGUGUUAGUACAUUUGAAUAAUACACAGGACGAGAGGUGUUCCUCUCCAGUAAAGAGAUUGAUCUGUUUGUAUGGCUGUGGAACAACUCAUUCAUUUAUGAACACCUCUCAUAUAUCACUUGAUACCGUACCUUUAGUGUGUCUGCUUUCCUUCCAGUCCCUUAUUAUCUUUAGUCCUCAUUGGCCUUCCUGCUACAAAAAGGGAGAUCAGUGGAGUUGCCUGACAGUUGCCAUUCUCUUUCUUUUUGGCUGCCUAAUAGUACUGGAAUACAUGGGGCACAGAGUGGGUUAUAGUUCUGGGUGGGAGUCUUUGUUGCGUAUUGGUAGCAAGCAUUUCUGUGUAAUGGGAAUGCAGCAUUUUGUUCUGCCCAAUGACAUUUAAAAAUAAGAAUCAGCAGCUAUCCUGAAACUCAGAGGAUAUAGCUGUCAUUUUCCCCAUUCUUUCACUUCUUUUGCCUCUUAAGAUUUUUCUUUAGUUAUUAGAUGUUUGAAAUAAUACUUUGUAAGACAAUGUCUUUAGAGUGCUUGCACUCACGAAGGAGGAGGUGUAUGGCUGGACCAGUGGGAGAAGAUGAGUGCAAAUGCCAUGUGGGCUGGAGUAUGGGGAGGUUGAAGAUCCCGAUUGAUUAAAAGAAUGGGCAAGUCUUGGAUACAGUUUGGGCAGCAGCCCACCUACAGCGGCAUGUUCGGAGUUACAAGCAGAAGUGAAAUAGAAGUUACCUCUUUGUCCUCUGAUACUUUGUGCCUAAAAUGUGUGUGUUUUUAAUUUCAAAUUCCAGAACCUCUAUGUCUGUGAGCAUUACUAACCAUUUUAGUCCAUGUCUGUGUUCUUGAGAGGUGAUCUUAGUCCAUUGAUGUGACUGGUCAUCUAAAUUUCUGAGGCCUUGAGAGCCUGAAAUAUAUUCUCAUCUGUUUUC